GAGCUUGAUUGCUGAUUGGGAGCACAUGCGAAGGUGCAAAUGAGCCAGAAGUCCGGGAGGGCUUUAAAUGCAGCAUCUGGAGCACGUGCUCCGUCAUCAGCGCCUCUGUCUGCUGUUCUACAGGCGUCAUCAGGAGUUGGGCCUUUUUGUCAGGAUGGGAAAGAACGUGCUCGUCGUUUAUGCUCACCAGAGCGCCGGCUCCUUCAACGCUGCGGCCAAAGACGCUGCUGUGGAGCUCCUGACGGCUCAGGGCUGCACAGUGGAGGUCUCUGACCUGUACGCCAUGAACUUUAAGGCCACCGCCACCGCCGAGGACAUCACUGGUGACGUGAAAAAUGCAGAGCACUUCUGUUACGGAGACGAAACCAAACUGGCCUUUGAGGGGAAGGUGUUGUCUGCCGACAUCGCAGAAGAGCAGCGUAAACUCUCCGAGGCGGAUCUCGUCAUCUUUCAGUUCCCCAUGUACUGGUCCACUGUGCCUGCCAUCAUGAAGGGCUGGUUUGACCGGGUGCUCACGCUGGGCUUCGCCUACUCUGAGGAGAAGCCGUACAGCCGGGGAGUGUUUAAGGACAAAAAAGCAAUGCUGUCCUUCACUACUGGAUCCCACGAGGCCAUGUUUAGGGUGACUGGCAUCAACGGGGACAUGAACGUCACCUUGUGGCCACUGCAGAAUGGCGUGCUGCACUACUGCGGGUUCCAGGUUCUGGCCCCGCAGAUCUUCUGGGCCCCAGCUCAUGUUUCCUCGGAGGCCCGCGGCUCCAUGCUGGAGGCGUGGCGCGCGCGGCUGCGCGGCCUUUUGGGAGAGGAGCCUCUUUCCUUCACGCCUCUCGACUGCUUUGACACAGAAAAGGGUUUCCAGCUGAAGCCGGAGGUGCAGGAGCAGCAUGCCACCAAGGAGUUCGGCCUGACUGUGGGGCACCACCUUGGAAAACCCCUGCCCCCCAACAGCCAGAUGAAAGCCGGCGUCUGAGGCGUUGCUGGGCUCAAGUGCAUGAAUAAAGCUUGUCAAAUAUA